GUCAAACUGAAAGGACGUUGAAAGUCACGGCAGAACCUGCUGUGGAUGUUAAGGGGACAAACUUUACUGGAGUUUUGUUUUCUUUAAGCGGACAAGGACAAGACAUCAACUUUUGACUUUACAUCGAGGAUAUUCCUUUUUUGGCAAUCGCAUAGUUGCACCAGAAAAUCUUUAUGCAGGAGAGGGACUUUUUUUUUUUUUAAUUUUCUGUAAAUCUCACUGCCGCGAUGUUCAAAUGAGCCCAGUUAUUCCAACAGGCACGUCAAAAGCUAUGACUCUGCCAACCUGAGUCGCCUUGCAUCUGUGUCCAGAGCUGUGCCGCCCCCUGCUGUGUGACCGAGGAAGGUCAGGAAAGGGGCAGGCAGGAUGAGUAACCAACUUGAGGAGGGGAUGAAUCCUGACAUCGUCAACCACUACAACCACUCAGGGAAGUGGGACCGGCCUCGCAGCAGCGGGGCCUGUAAAAUGGCUGUGCUGCUCUUCAUCUGUGUCCUUAUUGUCCUGGAGAACAUUACAGUUCUGCUCGCCCUCUGGAAGAACAAGCGCUUCCACAGCCGCAUGUACUUUCUCAUUGGAAACCUGGCGCUGUCGGAUUUGCUGGCUGGUGUAGCUUAUGUGGUUAACAUCUUCACCUCGGGACGUAACACUUUCUUCCUGACACCAGUGCAGUGGUUGGCCAGAGAAGGGAGCAUGUUUGUAGCCCUCAGCGCUUCCACCUUCAGCCUUCUGGCCAUAGGGAUUGAGAGGCACAUGACAAUGGUGCGUCUGCGCCCCUGCGAGACAGCAGGCCGAGGUCGGCUUCUAGCACUGCUGGUGGCCUGCUGGCUUGUGUCUGUACUGCUGAGUGCUCUACCCAGCCUCGGCUGGAACUGCCUAAACAAUCUGGGCUCCUGCUCUACAGUGCUGCCGCUCUACGCUAAGAGUUAUAUUGCUUUCUGCAUCAGUGUGUUCAGUGCCCUGUUGGUGGCCAUCAUCAUACUCUACAUCAGGAUCUACCGUCUGGUGACCUCCAGUGGCCGCAGGGUGAGCAGCCGGCCUUCAGAGCGCUCACUGGCCUUGCUUCGUACGGUGGUUAUUGUACUUGGAGUGUUUGUCAUGUGCUGGGCUCCCUUGUUUCUCCUGCUCCUGCUUGAUGUCGGUUGUAGCCCAGAUAAGUGCCCUGUCCUCUAUCAGGUGGACUGGUUCAUUGCCCUGGCUGUACUCAAUUCUGCCCUUAACCCUCUCAUAUAUACUCUGUCCAGCAGAGAAAUGAGAGGCGCAUUUUUUCGGCUGCUGUGCUGCUGUCAGGCCAGCAUGGAGCCCACCGGGUCUCCUGCAGUGGGCAACCCCAACCUAGGGACGGUCAUCCCCACAGCAGAAAACAGCAAGACCAGUUUGGGUGGAGGAGGGGGCAGUGGGGCUGGCAAGUCUACAAUGAAUAGCGGGAAGGUUCCCACACCUGUCAACUCAGAUAGCAAGCAUGGAGACCCCUCUGCCACUGCUGUGCCCCAUCCCUCAGGGCCGGCAGACCUGCUUUCGGCUGUGCUUGUCAAGGCGGGGGCACUGCCUUCCCUCAGCAAGUUUUAAGUGGAAGAGCCUAAAUGAGGCAUUACAUUCACACAGAAACAGACAGAGCUGUGACAUCGUGCUGCUACCAGCCACUUUUUGUUUGUCUAGUAUGGCUUGUGUAGCAUGGCUAAGAUGGAGUAUUGAUACAAUAAUUCAGACAUUCAUUUGGAACCAAAGACAGCCAAUUAUAAAUCACAAUCUUUUAAAGCCACUAUUUACAGUGACUCAGACAUCCUCUCCAAUGCCAGACUCACUCAAAAACCAUGUAGGAGAUGUACAUGGAUUUGGAAAUUUGGUUGAAUUCCUGUCUGUGAAAGAACUAUGGGGGAUGCCUUAAACAAUUACAGAGUAUGAUUUACUCUGUUAGUGUUUUGUAUGUCGUUUAGUUUUUUAUCUUGUCAUUUUAAGCAGAAAUGAUCACAUUCUUGCACUUUUUUGCAUGUGCUAUAAGCAGGACAUCUUCAAACACCUUUCAUUAUAACUUGAUUUGAUAGACUAUUUAUUUUCUGUGAAAACAUUUGAAACCUUAUACUAUAACCUUGUUUUUUUUUGUUUUUGUUUUUUUUUUUUGCUUUUUGUGCAUGCAAAACAUCAUGGUACUAGGAUUUUACUGGUCACUUUAUUAUUAAUUAUUUGCAGUGCACUGUGAGCGAAACCUAGGCUAUAAGUUUAGUGCCAGACUAGCAGCCUCAUGAGGCUGUGAUGCCAAUUACAAACUAAAAAAAACCAACUGUUGGUUGAAUGAAAAAUGACACUGCUAUGAGUAGAUUCUUACCACUAGUAGGCAACAUUGUAAAGUAUGUCCUAAUAGUGGCACUGCAGGAAGUGCUGUUAGUUUGUGGAGUUCAACUUGUGGACGUUUCAGGCUCAGCUCUUCUUGCUAUUCUUGGUUUAUCGUUUCAUCAGACUAAUCUUGUCAGCAGAAGCUACACUGUGAGCUAAAUCUGCAUGGCUAAUAACGACAAUCAUGAAAAAUUUAGCGUCUCAUCAGCACGCCUAGAAACCACUCACACGUCAACUAACCACUAGUGAAUAAGAGUGUUGGAUGUGAAUUAUUUAAAGGUUGUAGACUAUAAAUGACAUUUAUGCUGAGGGUGAUGUAGUGCCUGAUACAUUACAUAGCAAAUAAA